UGUAACUUCCGGGAAGAUGGUUGUUGAUUUUUUUUGGACUGGAGCAAAAUGAUUUGUAAGGGUUUUGGGAAGACGUGAACCUAUUUUUCACCCUCGAAAUGGGUAAAUUGAAAUGUUUUGAGAUAAUCAUGGCGGAAAACAAGACAGUUUUCCACCCUGGUGAAAAAGUAGUAGGGAAAGUUGUGGUCGAGUUGAAAGGCGAUAUGAAGAUGAGAUCUUUGCGAAUUUUUAUGCGAGGUGUCGCCAAGGUACAUUGGACUGAAAGUCGGAGUACAGGCAGUCGACUUGGCUCCUACACAGAACAUUACAAUGCAGAAGUCGAAUACUUCUUCAAAAGACAGGUGCUUUUCGGCGGAGAGGUGUCUGAAGGUAGGGACACGUUGUUGGAAGGUCGGCAUGAGUUCAACUUCAACUUUGAGCUGCCGAUGGGUGGAAUUUCAACCUCAUUUGAGGGCAAACAUGGUAGCAUUAGAUACUGGCUCAAAGCAGAGAUGGACAAGCCUUGGUCUUUCAAUCACAAAACAAAGAAAGCCUUCACCGUCAUCAGUCCUAUCGACAUCAACAAACCAGAGUACCAGACGUGUGUUCAGAGCAGUGCAGAGACAACCUUAUGUUGUUGGUUGUGUACAUCGGGGCCAAUUUCAAUUACCGCCAGGUCUGAUCGCCGUGGCUACUGUGCAGGGGAAUCAAUAGCAGUGUCAGCAGAAUUUGACAACCACUCAUCAAGGACAGUGAUACCUUAUGCUACACUGUACCAAACACAGGCCUUCUUCGCAAGUGGCAAAACAAGGGUCAGGAGAACCAAAUUCACAGUCCUCACAGGAUUACCUGUAGCCCCUGGGACCAGAGGGAACUGGGAAUCUCAGCUCCUCAAAAUUCCAGCGGUAUCUCCAUCCAUCAUGAACUGUUGUGUUAUGAAAGUAGAUUAUUACAUCAAAGUCGCCUUACACAUACCCGGGGCUUACAAUUUGACCAUGCAUUUACCCAUUGUCAUCGGGACGGUUCCAUUUAGACGUGGAACAUUCAGAUUCCCAGAGCCUCAUUUCUUUAGAGAAAACCAAAGACAUUUUGAUUGUGUGGAGUACCUUCCCAUACCACCUCCCUACAGAGAAACAAUCACCCCACCUCCGCCAUUCGAUGACCCACCGACAUACCAUGAGAGUGUAGGUGGAGCUGUUAAUAUCUGGGACGAUGAGGAUGACGACCCCAGAUACAAUAUGGGCGACCUCACAUACACACCAAUGUACACCUACGUAUACAACUACAGACCUCCACCAGCAUACUCUGAGGAGGAUCCUAACCCAGUUCAGAUAUGUGAAGCUCCCGCCAUCAGACCAGCAGCAGAAGAUGUAUGAUGAUGACUUACAUGUAAACAACUUGUUGUUUAUCCUUAACACUUGUUGACGGAUAUCUGUCACCUGUGACUGAAUUGUCCUAAACACAGGCGUCAAGUUCAUCCGCAAGGUCAACAGUUGGUUUUGUGGCCUUUUGCAUUGCUACCAAGUUGAACCGCUUGAUAAGGAUGAUGUACCUCAACUCAGCUAACACUGGUGGUAAGAGAGGAGAUUUCCAUAAAGGGAGAUCAUCCUGAGUAUAAACUAAGGCAAUCUCAAGGUUUGCAAUCAAAAAGGGAGAUAACCUUGAAAGGUGGCAUUCUUGACACCAGCAGCGAGCCUCUCUGACAGUAAGGCUAUCCCUAAGUCAUGUAGUUUAUAUUGUAAGGAAAUUGUUAUUUUUGAGUAUAGAUAUGAAAGUGGGUAGCAUUUGUAUGGAUCAUUUGUACAGAAAGGGUUAUCAGCUUUUUACCAUCAUUUGAUUUUUGUUUUCAUAAAAUGCAGCAUGUACAGUGUACAUGUUGCAUGGACAUCCUCGGACCCACUUUUGAAAAUAUUUAUUUUUGUUUCAUGGUUCAUCAGUUUUUGUGGUAAAACUUAAGAACAGGAUUAGGUAAUUGUAAGACAAAUAUUUUAUAAAAAUUUCAGUAGAUGUUGUGUUUUUUUGGAAUAAAAUUUUGUUUAUUUUGAUUAAGAAAUAUUUAUGAGUGUGUCUCUUAGAAAGAGGUAGUAGCAUUUCCCUAUCAAAAACCAAGUCAUUGUAUUCACUGAUGUGAUGUAUUGUUGAAUUACAUUUUUAUAGAAAAACUUAGGUUUACAAAAAUGUCAAGUCAAAAUAUCUUCAAAGAUAAAAAGAUAAAAAAAAAAACCAAAAAAUUCUUAUUAUUCACGAUUUUAAUCCCAUUCAGUAGUAAAAAUAAAAUGGGGAAAUUAUAUUUGGAAUUUGGACCACAAAACCUUGAAAUGAGUUUUAACGUGACAUACACUUGUUGAAGUGAUUUGAAUAGAUGCUCGAAGAUGUGAUGCUGAAGCUCACUUCUAAAGAAAAAGAGUUUGUCAGAUUGAUCAGAACAUAAAAUGAAUGUUUGCUGGUGCUAUAUUAGUUUUUCUCAUUAUUUAUGGAUAUGAUUAUUUAUUGUAUACUGUUUUGUUGAUAUAAUCAUGUUAUAACAUUAAAUGUGAAUUUUUAUAUUAUGGAGUUUUCAAUAACUAUAUUUAGCAAUUAAGAUGUUCUGCAUAGUUAAUAUGAUCCGACAUACUGAAAACAAAUGGUUAUUUUGGUUUUUGAUUUUCUGUCUGAGAAAGACAUAUAAGAAAUGUAACAAAAAAUGCUGUAGAUGUAUGAUUUACAAUGGUGAAGUGUCCUUUUACUAUGAGAUUCACAAAAUCAAAAAUCAAUGGAUUUAAAAAAAAUAUAUUAUCAAGUGAAGCUAAUCCAGCUGAAAAAAUCAGUUUGAAAGUUAAGAAACAUCACUUACUAUUGAGGAACCAUUUAUAUAUGAUUUUUUUUAUUAGAAUUGAUUGAAUUAAAAGGAUGAGAGAAUGUUACUAUAUGUAGAUUUUAUGAAUUGUUGAUUUUUUUUAAUGAUAGAACCGGUGUAGUUUAUAUACGCAUUGAAUGGCAUAGUAUACAACACUCACACACUAGCAUCGUAAAUAUAGGCACAUUUAUCGUUCCAUAUUUUUCCUGAAUAGAACCAUGGCAAGAACAUGUACUCAUUUCAUGGGUUAUUUAUUUUCUCAUAAUAAAAUGGUUUAAUUUUAAUUUGAAGAUCAUUCACUAUAUAUAUAACGUAAAGCUGUUAUGAAUCAAUCUGUAGCAAAGUCCGUUUCAUACACAUGUACAUGUUUUGAUUAAGACCUACCAAUUAAGUUAUCUCUUUCUCUCUCUCUUUGUUUUUCAAACGAAAUAAAUGACUUUGAAGUGUUUGGAACUUUCACCACGAGACAUAGGAUUAGAUAGGGUUCCGAUUUGACAUAAAUCAUUGUAAAAUCCAAAGAAAUCUGUUUGAAAUAUUCUGUCUCCAAUUAUUAUUUGAAUCCUUAAAAAUAUGUCCCAAAUCUUAUGUCUGAGUAAAAUUGUAUUUUUUGUUUAAAUUCAGAAUGAAAACUAUAGUUGUCUCCCCACUGUUACCCGACAUUUUCACGACAAGCACGGUUAUACAUAUUUGUUUAUUGAUAUUGUUGACUUCAUCCUUUACAAUUAUCUAUGUAUUUAUUUUGAUAUAUUUUGAUGUUUCAUAUCAACUCAUGUUUUUUAAGAUAAGACUGCAUGACCAAAGGUUGUAAAAAAAUAUCUGAUUGUACAUCUACAAAAGCAUUUCAAACAUAAUUCAUUUCCACGUACAUUUUGUUUAAUUUAUUUUGAUAAAUGUAUCAAGUAUUUAUUAGAAAAAAAAA